AUGCGGGGAGCGGCAUCAGAGGGGAGGGGAGGGGGCAGUGUGAGGAGGAAAGCGCGAGAGCAACCAAGCAGAAAAAAGCAAGGCAAGGCAAAGCAAAGCGAAGCCACAAAAAAAGGUGGGGGAGAGAAAUCCUUUCUAGCUGUGAUGCGUAUCUACGUGCAUGUGCGGGAGAAGGUCAUUCCGCUGGAGUGCGGCGACGGCACGCAGGAUGUAAUUUGGCUGGGCAACGCGGCCAUGGUGCACUACGACGCCUCCUUUGGGCGCAAGUACGGCUCCCCGCAGUGCAUCCAAAAGGAGGGCGGCAUCACCUGCGACCCUGAGGCCCGCGUCUGUGACGUGCUCGACGACAACCAACACGUCUUCGCCGUCCUCGACGGCAGGGAUGAGGACUGA